GGCACGGAUCCGCGCCGGGUGCGGCUCCAUACCGGGGCCCCGGGGGCCGCGGGCAGCAGCGGCGGCGGCAGGAGGGGCCGGGGCUCUCGGGCCGACGCAGUUCGCCGAGGAGGGAGACCGGGCGGAGCGCCGGGCGCGGCCCCGCAGGCACUGAAUGGCUUUUUUUCCACCGGUGGCUCCUGUGGUGGCAGCUACUAAGAUUGUUCCUGGUUCCCAGCUAAAACACCAGAAAAACAACUUUCAACAUGAACUCCUAACUGACAAAGGGGAAAGUUUGAAGGAUCCCUGUGCCCAAAAGAGCCAAAGAUGUUCUUAUUCUAUUUCAGCAGAAAACACUCAAUAUGGGCAUGGAGGCUUCUGUUCUGCUGGACUACAGAGUAAGCACCUCACCAGGCAGGCCUGUACUCUGUCAGCUACAUCAGUAGACAGACAGAAAGAAGGAGUGGACCGUGCAUAUCCCCUGAAACCAAUUUCUCACCACAACGGUGUGAGUGUUCCAGUGCUCAACACAGCACAGCUCGGAAGUUCCCCAUACAUGCAGGAAACUCCAAAUAGUAAAUCAAGCUCCAUGAGCAAAGGGAAGGCUCCAGUAGGGAGAUCUGCAGCACUCUGUCCUUGGACAGUAGAGCCUGAACCAUCAACCCCCCAUCUAUACAGGAGAGAGCUGGCCUACAUCCUAAAGUUGGAGGCAGAUGGAAGGAACCUAGAAGAGGCAAUUCAAAAGAAAGAGGCCCUUCUUGAAGAGAAACUGAGGAGAACAAAGGAGACACUUAGGAGGAUUCAAAGAGAGAAGGAGCUUAUCAAGGCAGAACAGAGAAGAGACAGUGGAGCUGAGAGGACCCAUGAGCAAAAGGCUGCAAGGCACCCUGAAGAGAAAACUUUCAGAGCUGUAGUGAGGCCAGGUGGUGGGGUCUUUGGUGGGGCACAGUCUGCAGAGGCCAUAAUCCCCAAGCCUGGCACCACUCACCACCCCCAAGAGCUGGCUGUGGGGAAACUCAGGAAGGAGCAACUGGUGACCAAUAACAGCAAAAUGCAAGACAGCAUACCCAUGGAGCAUUUAGCUUCUUGUUCAAAGCUGGCCCCAAAACAUAGCCCUUCUCGCUCCGCCCUCUCAGACCAAGAUUCUGGUGACCGCUUGUCUGCAGAGAUGUUGUAUGUGCAGGCUGCCAAUGCUGUGGAGCAGGAGGGGCUUGGACAGUGCAGCUUCUGCAAUCGUAAGUUUCUCUGCUCUAGGCUUGAGAAACACAUGAGUAUCUGUGGCAAGAACCAAGUCUCCGAGAGGAAAGUGUUUGACUCCAGCAAGGCCAGAGCUAGGGGAACAGAACUGGAACAGUAUCAGCAGUGGAAGAGCGCAAGGAGUCCUCAGAGUGAGACACCACCCAGAAGGAACAACUGGAAACAGAAGCAUGAGGCUCUCAUCCAGACCGUGUGCCAGGCCCGCCAGCUGCAGCAAGUCCUCACUAAGGGAGGGAAGAUGUCUGACCUGCCUCCAUUGCCUCCCAUGGAAAACCCAGACUAUGUUGCCUGCACCUACUGUGGACGCCAGUUUGCUCCCCGAGCAGCUGAGAGACAUAUUCCCAAAUGCAAAACCAUAAAGAAUAGGCCCCCACCCCCACCACAGAGAAGGCGCUGCUGAGGCAGUGCCCAACUGUACCUGCUGCUGUAAUUCCCUGCCUCUUUUUUGCCAGGUUUCCAGCUAUAGACAAUUGUGCUUUCCCUAGUCUCAAGACUGGCUGCAAGCUUGUGUGUAUAGUUAGUGAACAGCUCAGGAUGUAUAAGCAGAAUACUAGAACUUGUGUACUUUGACCUUUGCCCUUGGGUUGCCCCACGUGAGAUGCCCCUUUCCUCAGCACAAGAAGGUUAGGAUCAGACAUUCAGGGGUUCAGAAAAGCUAGCAGUAGCAGGCACUUACUGUUUGAAUCCACAUGUCAAUUCAUGUGCAUAGAACAACAGAGAUACUCUGAACCAACCAGGCCCUUGAGGCAACAGAACAACCAUCACAAUCAAUAAUUAGAUUUAAUAUAAAAAAAAUAGGCCAAAUUUCUAGGGAACUCUAAAAACAAAGCUGGCACCCUUUCUUGAAUCAUCUGCUUAUUUUCACCUCGGUUGCUGCAAUGGUAGGGAAUUAUGACAAAAACAUAACCUUGCUUUUGUUUUCUUCUUGAGAUGUUAUUUUUCUACAUUCAGAUUAUUAAAUAUAUUAAACUGGU